UUCAUGCAUUCAGUAUCACACAAACAUAGUCAUCAAGCACACGCAAUCUCACUUCUCGAAACAAAGAGAAACAUAGAGUGAGAGAUUAGAGAUAGAAAAGAGUGCAAUGGAAUGUUGUAAGAAAGUGUUUGAUUGGUUCCGCAAUGCAAAAUCAUAUUUGAUAAUAUUGAGCUUGCAAUUUGGCUCUGCUGGCAUGUAUCUUAUCACCAUGGAUGCUCUCAAUAAGGGCAUGAGUCAUUAUGUGUUUGUCGUUUACAGAAAUGUCAUCGCCACUGUAGCUCUUGCCCCAUUCGCUUUUUUUCUUGAAAGGAAAGUUAGGCCAAAGAUGACUGUUCGGAUAUUUUCAGAGAUUAUGGCAGUGGCUUUUGUCGAGAUAAUACUUGAUCAAUGCUUCACCUUCUUAGGAAUGAAGUACACAUCAGCAUCAUUUGCCUCAGCUGUGAUGAAUUCCGUACCCUCCAUUACCUUUGUACUCGCAAUCAUUUUUCGAUUGGAGCGCAUGAAGAUGAAGGAGAUAGGAUGUUUAGCGAAAGUGAUUGGCACUAUGGUUACUCUUGGAGGUGCUUUUCUGAUGGCACUGUACAAAGGCCCAAUUGUUAACUUUGCAGGCUCAUCAGGCAGCCACGCGGGCCAGCCCGAGAAUGUGAACGAUCCCUCUGGCAAUCACUGGCUCAUUGGCGCUUGUUUUCUCCUCAUUGGCUGUGCUGGCUUCUCUGCUUUCUACAUUUUGCAAGCCAUAACAUUGAGAAAGUACCCAGCAGAGAUGUCGCUAGCCACGUGGGUUUGCUUCGUAGGUGCACUCCAAAGCAGCGCAGUUACUAUUUUCAUGGAGCGUAAUACCCCUCAUGUCUGGUCUAUUUCCCUAGACUCUAGGCUUGUUGCUUAUGCAUACUCGGGAAUAGUGACAUCAGCAAUCCAAUUUUAUGUGCAAGGCAUGGUUAUCAAAACCACAGGCCCAGUUUUUGUGACUGCAUUUAAUCCUCUUCGUAUGAUUAUAGUCACAGCCUUGGCCUGCAUCGUCCUCUCAGAGAAACUCCACCUUGGAAGCAUUAUUGGAGGCGUGGUAGUGGUUAUUGGGCUAUAUCUAGUUGUGUGGGGAAAAGCUAAAGAACAUAAACAUGCAAUGCCAGCGUCCCCUGAAAAGGUGACCCUUCAACGCCAACAACAGCUACUACCAGUUACUGCACCCACCACCAGAAGUGAUGAAAAUGAUAACAAAGCUCAGUUAGUGACAGUUGAAGAAAAUAAAAACGGUGAUUUGGUGGGAACCCAGAAACAGUAAUCGGAUCGCAAAGUAAUGGUCCAUGACCAAUGUAUCGUGACUUGGUUACUUGUUUCUGAAAUCAUUCCAAAUCUGGAUAUAUAGUUUUAUCUUUUAUAUUUGCCAACUCUGAGCUUCACCUUCGCGUUUUACGAGAUAUGGAUUUUAUUUUUCAGCUUUAUAUUGUAUUCUAGCAUAAAUUUAUUGCAAGUCCAAAACAGGCUUCUUUGACGUGUAAUGCUUACACAUUUGGAAGCAAAGUAUGGUUGCGUCCAACUCAUGAUCAGCUUUUGAGUUUUGCUUCGGACAUGUGGGUUGAACAUGAUAUCAGGAUAUAAAAUGUUACAGAAUGACGAUUGCAUUCUAUUCAUUUCGA